UAUAAAUACAGGCAGCAUAUCCUUCCUUUUCGACAAAUUCUUCCAUCUCCAAAAAAACACAUCACUUAUAUAAACAUUCUAUUCUACAUAAUAUAAUAAUAAUAAUAAUAUAACUUGUUCAAUAAAGCACAUACGACAUAUAAUUAAAUAUCAGUUGAUAUAUAACAAAAAUAUAAACUAAUAAUGGAAACCGAAAACAGCAACAAUAAUAAUGCCUUCAAGUCCCGACCAAUCCCUUCACCCAUCACACAUUUGUCCUUCAUGGCUUCACAGAUUUGGCUAAGAAUCGUGGCAGCCGCAACCUCCGUCACAGCUGCAUGUUUGAUGUUCAACAGUCGACAGUCCAAAGUCCUCUUUGGAACUGAUCUCGACGCCCGUUACUCCUACUCCCCUGCUUUCAAGUUUUAUGGAAUGAUGAAUGCUGUUGCCUGUGCUUUUUCUGUGUUGUCUUUGCUGCCCGUUUUCUCGCUUGGACGCAAGUUUUCCAACUCCAUCAACUAUUUCUUCUUGUUCCUUCAUGAUUUGAUGAUAGUGUUGUUGUUGGCGGGAGGAUGUGCGGCCGCGACUACCGUUGCUCAAAUUGGAAAGUAUGGGAAUAGUCAUGCGGGUUGGAUGCCGAUUUGUGACAACUUUGGGAAGUUUUGUCACAAAGUAGCUGCUUCCUUGAUCUUGGGUUACGUUUCUUUGUUUUGUUACUUGCUUCUCACUGUCAUCUCUGCCAACAAAGCUAGACAAGUCCCGGUUUAAAAGAAUUAUGGCACGCGCGAUUAUUUCGACUUCAAUGUCCCUUGUUGGAUUGGUGAACUACUGGCUUUUAUGUUAGUGGUCUUAAUUAGUUAUUAAGUUUAAUGUUUUUAUAUCUAAGUGUUUAUAUAUAUAUUUGAAUGAUUUAUUGUCGUUA